AAUUAAUGUUACUAGAAGUUUGAUGGCGUGUUGUAACCCAAUAUUUGGAGAUCUUCAAGAAAAUCUACAGAUUAUUAAUCUUACAAUUCCGCUUCAUGAUUAUCUGAGACAUAAAGCGAUUCUUAUUCAUAUUACGAGACGAAAUAUAAGGUUUAAGCGACUAACUGAACUAUUAUCAAAGGCUGGCAAUGAUGACGACAUCGAAUUUGACGAGGAAUUCAAAAUGCCGAGAGAAGUCUUGCUCCGCCCAGAAACCUGCAUCAUAAGCAACUUCAACAGCGAUGGGUUGUUUCUUCGUUUAGAAACAGCUAGAAGUGUAUUUUCCUACUUCAAGCCGAAUGAAACAAUGCAUACUGCGACGUGGAACCAAGUGACCAAAGCUGAACGGGACUGGAUAUCAUCGCAGUGCCCCGUGUUCUGCUGCGGAUCGUGUUUGCAGCCGAUCACAAUUGACAAGCCUAUUAGGAGAGUACUGGAACUGCCUUCUGAUAAUUGGUAUGAGCUGUUUGAAUCAUCUGCUUGGUGUCACAACCAUUCACACUCCAGCACUACAUCGUCAAUGACGUCAUCAUCUGUGCCCAAAGUAAGAAUGGCGCCCAAAUCAGGAGACUGUCUUACAAGUGACUUCGCUUAUCUUUUCAAGCUGGACCAAAUUGACAUAGAGGGUAUUAGAAUUGGGCCUAGACAAAACAAAUACGUGGAGGCUUAUAGAAAUGUGCAGAUGAGUCAAGUCCUGUGCAGUAGGUGUCAGCAUUUUAUUGGUUUUAUUUUCUGGGAUAUGGAUCACUCCACUCUUGAGUCCGAGAGGAACUCGUCAAAAGCUUUGGAACAUAAGGAAUAUGUUAAGCUCUACAAGCAUAAUUUAGCCUGUCGAGAAGCGAUAAAUGAAGAAGAGGUAGAUUUUUUGGGGGCCAGUUCGCAGGAAAAGAAGAAGCAGCCGAGCAUGUCUCCUUUCAUAGGAGAUUUGCUGAGCGAGGAUGCGACCUUUGAGACGUUAUUUGCUCAGUAUUUCAGACAUCAGGCACAAGAGAGCUUUUACCGUUUCUUAGUCGUUUGUGAUGAUCCAGGAGCUACAGACAGCCACGAAGUUAGUGGGUUAAUUCGCCUGUUGAGUGUUAAUUCGAAAAUUGUGCUCUCAAAGGAAAGCGUAUCGCUACCAGCAGGAAUCAAUGGGUAUAUGAGAAAAAAUUCAGAGAUUGAAGAUUUCGCGAUUGUGCGACUUAGUUAUCUCGAGAAACCGGCCGUAAAAUCGACUCCUCAUUGUAAUAUACAUGACUUUGAACGCGCAACUCAGCGCUGGGAAAAGGAAAUUAUUGGCGUGAGCAGACUACUCCUCUCGCGUGACUUGAUAUGGAGGCUAUUUGCUAUUUUGACCUCUAAUACGGCCCAUUUACCUCAACAAAGCCGAGUAGACAAGAGCGGAGAAGGGGACUCAAAACAAGUAUCUAAGAUAGGAUUCCUCAAGUUGAAUCAACUGCCUUAGAAAAACAAAACCAAAAUGAUAACUAUGGGUGUGUGUUCAUUAUUGCAGAAGUGUUCGAGCAAACUCG